GUAGGACUGUCUCCGUGGAAAGGAUCUGCAUAUGCAGCCUGCCCCGACCCUGCUGCAUGCCGUAGCCAUUUUGGCUCAAGGCCAUUUUCAAGUCUGGCUCAAGACUUUCACUUUUAUUGAGGCUGCGAGGUUAGGCCUUGCAGCGGGCGCAAUGUACAGCAGCUCCUCCGAGCCGUUCUUGGGGAGAUCGGGAAGCGCGCCAGACCUCCGGCGGUCAACAGUGGACGACUUCAGGCUCUCGAUGAAUUCGGCGAGCGGCCGCUCCCGGGACCGCUUCCCGAAGGGGGCGUGGGUGUCGAAGCCGACCGGGAGGAAGUUCGGCCACACCGACUUGUCUCUGGCCACGUCGAAGCACCCCAAGUGGAGCACCUCGCGGGAGUUCCAGAACCACUGGAGCCAUGCCACCACAUUCGGGCGAGAGCCCUUCUGCCCAGGCGGGGGCCUCACGGACCUCUACGUCCGCGACCCUCAUUCGGGGGUGUGGUUGCGGCAGAAACCCGUGCAGCGGGAUCGCGUGCUGAGCCCGCUUCCGGGCGUCCGGCUGGAGAUGAACACCAUGAGCAACAUGUGCGUCAGCCUCAAGAGGCAGCCGAUGUUCCACGGUUGCGAGCAGCGUGACGCGCUGAUCCGGCCCGGCUGCAAGUAGGGUGGGCAGACGGGCCGGCUGGUUGAGGCCAGCUCUAUCUGCGGGCGGCGUGGGGUUUGUAGGAGUCGGUUGUGCUACGGAGACGCUUGCGAAAGUGGCUGGGGCCAACCCUUGCACGUUUCUCAGCCCUGGCCAGUGCUCAUCGUUUCCGCUAUGACGCGUUUUCCAACUUCUAUUUUCCAGAUUCCGAACGGAAUUUGGCAGAGUGUCGUUGGACGUCGGUAUCUCGUGAGAGUUGAAUGCUCUUAUGUUGCUGGCAUGUAGUUUGUCAUUUCCCAGUCAUCUCCCACCAAUCCACAUUGUUUUUGCUGUUCAUGGCGUUGCCUUGAUGACAGCCGACAGGCAUACAGCUUGUCAUUUUUCACUGGCUCGCAUUGCGUUUGUUGCCCAUGGCUCUGUCGAAAUGACAGCCGGCAGCCGCAUCAUAGAUGCACAGUGCAGGCGUCGGCGCACUAGGCGCACACGAUCGUUUCCUAGGUUGGGCAUCUCAGGCCCGACCAACAAAACAAAACAAAACCCUGCUGCAUGUCAUUUGAGCGUUUCCGCUGCUGGCGACAA